CCUCCGGUUGACCACCCCACCUAGCCUCAAAUCCUAGAGAUCCACCGUUCCGCUGCCCACAACUAACGCAGGCCCCCAAGCCCUGCGAUUUGGUCCUUCGUCGCCUCCUUUUGACACCAGCCCGCAACAGUCCAGGCGGAUCAUCAUCAUCACCCAUAUAAGUACUCAAAGCCCAAAUAAAGCCGCGUGAAUGGAUUCAGCACCCACACCAGCACCAAGAACAUCACUCCGCUCGCAGGUGUUUGUGGCCGCUAGCGACCGCGGGGGGCGCCCAAACCCUGAUUAUCAGAAGUGCCGAGUUUGCGCGCGUCACCACGCGCUACGAACAUGCCCGCUCUUUAGAAGGAUGCAGCCAGCGCAGCGAUACUUGUUGACGCGGGCCCAUAACUACUGCACCAACUGCCUGGCACUGUCGCACGCUACCAGCGAAUGCACAUCCCAGAUCACGUGCAGGAUAUGUGCACUGCCGCACCAUACGAUGCUUCAUCGGGCCCCGCCGCCACCGCAGCCACAUCGCCGUACCACCGCACCUCCAGCUCAAACACCUCCGACACCUGCAUCCCGCUCAAACGCAAAACAAAAUCGUCGCAACCCACCUACCCAGGCCGCUACCCAUCGCUACAAUCCGACUGCAGCCACCAUUACACAACCACGCACCGUCAAACGUUCGGCAACAGGGCUCCAUACCGCUGCAUUCAGAGAAAGGACGGCAAAUCGGCUUAUGGAUGAGGCCAUUAGAGCGCUGGAGCAGUUGAAAGUGGCACUAGCCGUCUAGCGCGCCUAGGCGGGGCAGGAUGUUCAAGUGAGUGACUAGCGCACGCACCCCGCAUUAACCAUUCGUAUUUAUUGAAGUAUCUAGACUUGAAUUAUUUCUAUGAAAUGUAACUUUUUUGAACUAAUAAUUAGCUCGCAACGGGGACACCCCUAUCAGCCAACCGGGUAGUUGGCAACGCGUGCGCUACUCGCUCACUUGAACGAUCACCAGCUG